UCUCUCUAUAUAUAUAUAUAUGUCCUUUUAAUCCUUUUUAAUUUUAGUGCUCAUUUUAUUUUACAAUACGUUAUCAACACGAUGCUUUAUAAAUUGUGUUUUUCCUUUGGAACAAAUUGAAUGCCAUUUCUCGCGAGAUUGUGGCAUUCUAUAUAUGGACUUAUGUCUACAACAUCCUCCAACCACAUGGGAUCAAACAAGUACCACAAAGGGCAGCCUAGAAUCUGAAGCUCAACUUGCAGUGCCUCUCAUUGUGUUUGAAGAUAUGGAGAAGGUUUCUCUUUCUUUUUGUGUUUAUCAUUUUACCAAAUAUUGUUUUCAAUGUUCAACAGGAACCUUUUGUUAGAAAAAUGAAACCACAUGUCUAUAUCUGGGUAGAAAGGAUCAAUUUGAAAAUGCUAUUUGCACCUUCAACUAUUGCGACGAUUGUUGGAAUCUUGAUUGGUGUAGUGCCAUUGUUAAGAAAGCUGAUGAUCGGAAAUGAAGCUCCAUUGCACGCAAUUCAUAGCUCUGCAUCUCUGCUAGGAGAGGCUACAAUACCAGCUGUGAUAUUGAUAGUUAGAGCAAAUCUUCUUAGAGGUCUUAAAAAAUCAGAAAUUGGUAUGUGGGUUGUAAUAGGAGUUCAGGUAGUGAGGUAUGUUGCCUUGCCAUUAUGUGGCAUUGUUGUUGUGAAAGCUGCACGUCGUUUUGGGUUGGUGGGAUCAGAUCCCUUGUACCACUUUGUUCUUCUAUUGCAAUAUGCACUCCCUUCUGCAAUGACUAUAGGUACAAUUACACAGUUGUUUGGAGUUGGGGAAAGUGAAUGCUCACUGAUCAUGCUAUGGAAUUAUUUAGUGGCAUCAAUUGCUCUUACAAUCUGGACGAGUUACUACAUGUGGUUUUUGUCUUGAUUUCAUUACAAAGUAUUAUUCUAUAGAAACAAAUCUUAAAAAGAGAGA